UAUAUGACGAUUGCUUAUUACUUUGAAAUAUGGACUCGGUCCAAUAAUUCACUUUUGUUCGUUUGUUUUAAUUAUAAAUGGAUGUCGUUGGCGUUUCAACUUAGAUAGAAGAGGCAAUUUUAAAUGCUCAGUUUUUCGAUUACCCUUUGAUGUAGAUUGAACCUUGUUUAUUUAAAGAAAAGGAGACUCUCUUUUUAUCUUCCGACGCAAACGAUUGAAAUGAAACCAAAAAUAGUAUAUUCAUUUUCAACAUGGGCUCCGACGAAUGUGUCGCGUGUUCCAGGAAAGUUUCUGCACGACAACAUGCACUUCAGUGUAACACAUGCAGUUUAUGGCAACAUAGGGUGUGCGACACGGGUAUCUCUCAGCAAAAGUAUCGACAGAUGAUGAAGAGCGAUGAAACCAUAGAGUUCAUAUGCACGAGAUGCCGUGAAGACGAAACCGACAGAGCACCUGCCUUUCUGCGAUUAAGCCAACGGGCCACUUCACCAGAAUUGAGAAGCCUGGUACAAUACAUUGAAAACGCCUGGUUAGACAGCCCUGUAUGGAAUCCAAGAAAUUGGUCUUUUUAUCGGCAGUCCAUCAGGACAAACAACGAUGUAGAUGGUUACCACACCAGGAUAAAUGCCGACAUUGGCAGAGGGCACAUGUCGUUUUAUAUCGUUGUCCCUGCUCUGCGGCGAGAGGCGAACAUCGUAGAUCUCACAUUUAGACUCGUCAGCGAGGAGCAGAUUCUGCGGGAUCAGAGAAGAAAACAAGCCAGGUUGGAAUGCAGGCUACACCAGUGCUGGCAAGGGUGAACGGACUGUGUUGCAGCUACUCAGUGAUUGUGGACGUAUAUAUGGACCGUCUAACGAUUAACGGGUGUACGGAGAUACUUAUAUGGGAGAGAAACUGAAAGUCAUAUAUAUGUUUUAAAAAUAUUGUUACCUUAUCUUAAAUAAAAAUUAACCCUU